GUCGAGAUUGGUUCCAACGUUGUAUUGAACCACUAAUUUCUUUUCCUUUUUGUCCGUCGUGAUUUGUUGAUCACGACACUACUCUCCCACUAGACCGCUCAUCAUCACCCCCACUUUCUGGACGCGACCAAAACAAAUCCACAACCGCGCGCAGGCAUUACAUCUCCACUCGACCGCAGUCCUCUAUUGCUGCCUGGUUGAUAUCUAUUUCUUCAACCCAAUUGCUCUACAUUGCGGUUUGUUUCAUUCGCCCUUUAAAGUCCCAUCAGGUAAUAUGGCCGCCCUCACAAUGACCCCCUCGACUAUGCGGCAGCCCUUUGCAAGCUUGGAUACACCGCGCGCGCGUUCCUUGCUCAAAUCAAAGAUGAACUUGAAAAAUCCACAAAAUGGCGCAAUCUUGUCCGGCAAGAGACAACCCCUGUCGGAGGUGGACACCGAGAACAUUGAUCCAACAACCUUCAAAUCCUCAACUAAGCGCAAGCGUAUCUCCGAUGAGGAUGACGAGAAUGAACCAGUCAAGAACGCCAUAAAGCCUAUGAAGACUUCGCGGAUCACAUUGACAACCAUAAAGCCGAAUGUGGCUCCUCGCGUCCCGGCCACGCCCUCUAAGGUCUCCUUGUCUACCCCUAAGUCCGCUCCCACCCUCAAACCGGCUGGACGUUCCCCACAGGCCAAACCCUGCAAGCCUUUUGCUCGCCGUUCGACCAUUAUGAAGAGCCGUCCCGAGUCUGUAAGCAAAAAAAGUGUCCAUCGUCCAUUCUCCCUGGCAGCCGCACUGGCAAGCGGCAAACCAACGAGUCAAACUGUCCCCAAGGCUCCCGCUUCUUGGUCCUUCGACAUCUACGUGGAUUCGGAACAGGAAGAGAUGACCAACCUAAUGCAGCACUCCACCUGUGUGUUAGAUAUCAGUGAUGACGAAGGCAAGGUGGAGACGAGCGGCCGAGGAAAGGAGAACAUCCCCCCUGUCGAACUGGGAAUCGACCUUCCGCGCUCUCGCCAACAGGAAUCGCCCGCCGCUGCCCGCAAGUCAGUUAUGAUGGAAGAAUCUCGAGCUCCUCUCGGCGACUUGAAUGCCGCCGAUUACUAUGGCGAUGACUGCCACGCUUUCUCUUACACUAUCGUUUAUGAUGACGAGGAAAACGAGCCGACUUCAUCGAAGAAGAGUCCUCUUCCCCCCUUACCUCAGUCCAGCCCACAUAGCCGCAGCAAACUCUCCAGUGUAUCUUCCAUCUCAUCACUGAUUGAAGCGACCGUUCCCGAGCAGCAGGUUGCGGAAACGAAACUCGAAUCAUCUGAGGCAGAGAUUGAGGUGUGGGAAAGUGAGAGCGCUGCGGAGGAAUCUACGGAAUCGACUUCGUGAACAUCAUUUCAUCAUCAUUCUUUUUGGUAUGGCGUACAGUCAAAAUCGGAGUUGGAGUUAUAGCACUUGAUUAUAUUCGAUACCCUUUUGGAUUAC